UCUAGUAAAAAACAUCCACUAUAAAAAUAGCAUCAUUACAAAGUUUCAUUUACUCUAGGAAACACUAAAGGUUGUACACAACUAUAAAUCAUCAAGAAAAAAUUGUUGGAUCACUAAUGUCAUGAUCAUCACCAAAAUAAAGCUUGAAGUCAAAAUCUCCAAUCAAAUUGGGAAUCUCAUUGUGCUGAGUGUGCGCCAAGAGGAAUUGGAGACCAAAUCACUAUUGAUCAUCUAGCAGAACCAUAACUCCUCUACUAACCUUCCUGCUGCUGUUGCAACUGACUCUCCAUGUCUCUCUACUGUGUUUGCAGUGUUGAUCAAGACCUGCCACCAGUCAUUAUUUAAAGCUCCACUGACUUGUUACAUUCAAAGUCCAAUCUCAAGCAGUUUAUGUAUGCGUUCAUGAAGAGUUUUCUCAACUCCAGAUGGAUGGAUACAUACAACAGAAGAAUCCUGAAGAAAUAAGAAACUAAAAUGGUUGGUUAACAUAGUUCAGUUUGGCAUAAAUUAGCCUAAUAAUAAGUUCUCCUACAACUAAUAACUUGGUUUAAAAUUUUAAAAUUUGCACAUGUUAAAGGAUAAAAAUGUCACGAUGCACCUUGAAAUGGUUUGUGCAUAAUGCUGCCUUGAAGCUUCACUCCAUCCACCUUUAUAUAUAUAUCCUCGGAUUGUCCUUAAUUUUGGGAAUUGAUCAAGAGAAGUUAUUAGAAAAAUUCAAAGAAAAUCCACGUCCUGCAAAAAUGAAUUAAAGCUUAGUAAUAUCUUGAUGAAAUGAUAGAGAAUCUCUCUGAACAACUGAGGGAUGAGAAAGUGAAUUCUGCUUUACCAGAGAGAGCAUUCUUUAGAGGGUAGAAUAUUACAGCUUCAAGCCUACAACUAUCACAGAUUUGUGAACACCAUUUUUAAUCAAGUUGUUAGAUCUUGAUGAAGCUGCUUUCCAAGUCAGCCCAUUGUUAAGUAAAGCAGCACUGUUUGUGUUGCAAUCUUGGCUAUGAGUUAGGAUGAAUAAAGAGAGAACACAACACACAUUGUUGGAUCAUUCAUUUCCGACUCAUCAUACUGGAAGCAUCAUCUCCCACAUGAAAGGCAACAACAACGUCAAAGCAUCCAGCACCUACUUGUUGAAGAAAGAUCUUGCCUAAAAAGGGAGGCUUGAACUUGGAACCAUGGAUCAAUCACCUUUUAACUAAUCCUGUAGUUGACAUGAAAAAGGUAAAGGGUUUAAUCAGAUGCCAUAAGAUUUAAGACAUGAAUUAAGAUGGAAGUUACACUGUAGCAGGGAAGCAAUCACUAAAAUUAUCGGAAAUGUGAGAUGCACAAGAAGAUGGGACGGAGGCAAAUAAGGGAACGUGUGGGAGACUAACUUCUUGAUAUCUACCUGAUCUCCAUGCAUUGGAAUCAAAAUUAAGAUAAGAAAAAAAGUUAAAAAAUAGCUGGUAAAACAAAUAUAAGACAACAAAAAUCAAUUAGAAUUGAAGUG